GUUUACCUACCAGUCAACUAUUUACAGUCUACGGGUAGAGAUAUACGGCUUUCUCUCUCGGUAUCGCUAAGUAGAUGGAUUUGGUUGUGUGCGAGAUAUCGACACGCUGCCGAUACGGCGCACAGACACCCGGUGGUAUACCGUUGGUACGCCUUCGUUCUCAGUUUGAAUUUCACUCGUUAAUAAACCAUUAGGGUAGACGUCAGGUUCGGCUCUUUUUUUCUAAUGUGAAAAACUAUCAUUCAUACACGUUAUCUGCGGUGACAAGUGUUUCGGUGCUCUGACUUGAUUUAUUUGAAUUUGUAUUUCGAAAAAUGUCAGCAAGCGGAAUAUUUUUCGAACUAACAGUGAUUCAUAAGUGUUGUUUUGUAUUUUAGUGUGUGAAAGGCUUUUCUCUGUGAUAUAUUGUGGGUGAUUUUGGAGUACCGAUAUUAUUAUUCGACCAAUGAAUUUCUACAACUUUUUGUGCAAUAUUCUUCAUUAGAUAUGUGAGUGCUGAUUCAUGUAAGAGACUUAUUAAUGUAAGUUACUCUUAUCGAGAAGUAUGAUUAGUUAGUGACUGCUUUCAUCAAAUUUAGUAUAUACCAUCUGAUAAUUCCCAAUUAGCUGCAGCUUGGAACAUCUCUUACUACUACUACUACUACUUACAUCCGAUCUGUUAUUAGAAUGACAGGUAAAUGAUCUCAAGCGUAGAGCGCAAUGUCAUCCAAAUCGGAGACAACAGACUGAUGAAUUUGUUAAUACGAGGUUCUGAUUACAUACCUAAUAUGGACUUGAAUUGUACGAGUUUUCUUCUUGAUGCCGGUGUCGUCAUUAGGCAUGUAGAACCAAGAAUAUUUGACAAAGAAGAAAACAGGAUUCACCCUGGAUACAGAGAUGACCGUUGUUGUUUUGACGUUACAGAAGAGGACUCCGAUCAUGAACUUUCUAGAAGAACGGUUGAAUGUGGCCCAGGCUAUUGUAGUGAUUUAAAUAAUAAGAUUGAAAACAGUAAUGUCUCCCGAGGCAACUAUGUUAUCUGUGAUUGUUUAUAUUGUGAAAAACACUGUACCCAAUUUAGUUAUUUGUUAAUAUUAAGUCUAUGGAAAAUAUUUAUGUGCCUAUAUAAAAGUCAAUGGUCAAUUGUAAAGAGGAACUCGCAUUCGAGUGGGAUUUUGCUUAUUGCCGUGUUGUUGAUGUCUUUCGCAAAAGUAAACGGUUUCAACGAUGAGUUCGAUAAAAAGGAACAAUUGAUGGAUAAAAUUAAUUUGGAACAAAGCAUCGCUGCCGUUUUCAAUAAAGUAGCUUAUGGAAGCACUACUAAACGUUCUAUACCCGAUAACGUUUAUCCUGUGACAACUUUAGUCACUCCAUUAUUAACGACUUAUCGAUAUAUUAAUGGUAACGACGAAUGGUUGAGGGUAGAUACUAUUCCCGAUAGAUCCAACGUGGAAUUUGAACAACCCGAUUUCGAGAGCGAGAAUAGUAGACGAGAUUUGGAUAUCGGAUAUGGUGCAGACCUUGAAAAGGAUCACGCUCUACCUACAUCAGCUCCUGCUGCUGAUAUUCUUAAAAACAAUAAUAAUAAACAUUACAACAAUCCCAACAGAUACAACAAUGAUCGAUUAAAACCCGAUUUUAAUUUAAAUAAUAAUAAUGCCGAACAAGUUACUGAAAAUAUUUAUAAAACCACUACUUCAUAUAAUCUUCUGAAGAAUGUCAGACCGACAAAAUCCAUUUAUGGCAAAGAACCACCUAGUUACGUUCCACCAAGUCGAUCAUUUUUCACUCCUCCGCUCCCCCCAGAAUACCAAAAUCCUUUUGCGGACAAACCUACCUUAAGAGGCACAAACUCAGAUAGCUAUGCUAAUCGCAGACCUAUUCCUCCACCCAGUCUGAUGCCUACUAAAGACAGAAUACCUUUUAGGCCAGAUUUACCUAAAGUAAAUGUGGAAAAAGUACCUGAAAGACCGAAUGUCAAUAAUAAUGAGCAGUAUCGUCCUCCUAAUCCAAAUCAUAGUUCGCCAGAGAAGAACGAAAAGAAAAAAUCGCUAAAUACCCCUUCUCACAAUGUAAGAGUAGGUGAAUUCCAUGGACAUAAUAGAAAUUUGUCCGAAAGUAAUUUUGAGUACGAAAAAAUACCUGCAAUACCUGCCAUUACAAGAAUUUUAAGUGGAUCCAAUGGUAGACACGAAGACAUUUCUGACAUACUUCUAAGAACUGUUACUGCAACACCUAAUCUACAACAUUUUGAACCAAAAAUAACUAAAACAAGAAUUCCACCAGCAGAACCGAGUUCAAAAGUAGGUGAUACAAGCGAAACUGAAUAUACGAAGACAAAACUAGAAGACACAAAAAAUGAUGAAAAUAAUUCAAAAAAGGAUUUUAAUCAAGAUACUGGCCCGCCUGAUCGUUCAGAAAGUGUAACUAUAAAAAAGGAUAACACAAUAUCCGAAAAGAAAAAUAAUCCAGAGGAUGUAACUACACAAAUGUCAGAUGUACUUAAUCUGCCCAACGUCAAAGAAAAAGAUUUGAACAAAGAGAUGAACGUUACUAUAGCUAAAUCCGAUGAGAUAUGGUUAAUAUGUUGGAACGUUCAUGUUUAUUUGGUUGUGUUUGGAUACAUAUUAUUAGCUACGUUUUCCAUUUUUAAAUUAAUUCGUUACGAAAACGAUCCACAUAUGUUCUCUAAGAGUUAUUUUCUUACAAUACACUUGAUGCUAACUGUAAUAUGCGUGUUACGUAUAUUCUAUUUGGUGUACGAUCCUUACAAUCUAUACAAUUCUUUUAACAUUUUCCUUUACGAUUUUCUUCACAAUUUCCCAUUAAGUCUUCUUGCAACUACUUUUGCUGUAUUGAUACUGUUUUUAUUAAAAAGGACUUUAACGCAUCUUGAGAUUAAAACACGACCUGUAUUUCUAAUAGCAGUAGCGCUACUUCAUAUAGCUCUUUGCUUCUGUGUAAGUAUUGUAGAAACCCUGGGUUAUUUCGAUAAAGCCAGUUUAACUGUUUGCAAACCUUCCUUCGUACUGCUGGCUUGGGCUCUCGGUUUCAGUUAUCUCUAUUUGUAUAAAAUCAUUAAAAAUGUUCUUGCAAAGAAAAGCCAAAACUUAUCUGAAAUGUGUACUCAAAAUAUUUCUUACGCUAGUCAUAUUACUAUAGCUGUUGCUCUUUUAUUCAUACUUUUAGGACUUGUUCAAGUUUACGCGCUUUUCUUCAUUAAAGUAGAUCGUUUUAACAAAGAAAUUAAACACCAUUGGAUACUUUGGAGUUUCGAACUGUCUGUUAGAUUAAUAGAAAUUUCCAUUAUAACUUUACUAGCUAUUGUAGUUAGUUUGAAAAUGUCUCAAAGAGAAAAACAGUCGACUGGUGGUUUCCCUCUAUUCCCUUGUACGACAAGCGAUUCAAGUACCGAUAAUAUUUACCCAAAUAAUUGCAAUACUAACCCUAAUGCAUUGAACUAUAGUAGACAAGAAAUGAUUAUGGAUAAUAUUCCUACAGAACCUAUAGAAAGACCAAAUUUACUGAAAAACGCUUUCCAAAAUGAUUCAUUCGACAAAAAAUCCACGUUAGAAAGGUAUCAAAGCGAUAGUGAACGAAGUAGUAAUUUCGAUAGAUUUGAACGGCCGAAAUGGGGAUCGGAUAGAUUUGAUUCUCGACAAAACGUGGACGGAUCUAGUUUGAGUAAUUUCACACAACCGAAUUCGGGUAAUUUCGAAAGAGGUGCACACAAUUCUGUUCAAAAUUCUUUGAGAAAUGAAAGGUCUUCAGGCAGAAAGGCCUACGAUUCAGCUAAAUACUAUGUCAAACCUAAAUAUGAUAUAGAAUAUAAUAACGAAGAUUACCAACAGGAUAUGUUUGGAAAUAAUUCGGAAAGGAAUAUAUACAGCGAACCCGUCGAUAAUCCUAAUUCGCAUCAAUAUGAAAGAACAAGACACGAAUUCGAACGAUCUGAUUUCGACCGGCGUUCAAGAAACAGUUCGAAUACUUCGGGUCGUAGAUCGACAGGGAGAGCGCGCAAAAACCAUCCAAGGCCACACCUCGGAGUUCAAACAUUACCGAAUCACGACAGGCAUCAAAUGCAAGAUUCAAUGUUGGUAGAUGAGCAAGGCUUCGUUAGAUUUAGGCACAUGCAGGAAGAACUGGACAAACCUAAAAAAAUUAUACGCCAAAUUAGUGAUCAAAACCACUAUAGUGAUGCGUAACUCUACGUUAGAGCUAAGCAGAAACGCACAGACGGUGAGGUAUUUUUGUAAGACAGCUAGUUGAGUACAGGAUGUUGUUUAUUGACUGGUAAAAAUCGGUUAUCUUGAAUGAUUUGAUCAGUCUAAUCAAAUUUCACAGGUGACUGUAAAUAUUUAUUUAUUUUUUAUAAACUAACCUGUACUUAGCAGUUUAAAUAAAAUAGCUCCAAGAAUUAAGUACGUAGAAAAAUAUCAUUUUCUGUGUGUUUCUUUCCUUAGCUCGUUGAUCGGAAUCUGAAAGUCAAAAUUUAUAUAUUUUGGCCUAAAAUUUCUAGCCUUUAUAGAAUAUACGGAGCCAAAAUGGUAGAUUGAGAUAAUAAAUUGCCAUGAUAUUUUCCAAGUAUUAUACCCCAGAUAUGAAAUUUUUUUAAGAAAGAAUGAUGCGAAAACUAUCAAAUUAGUUCCAUAUGCAAAUUAAAGGAACCGAAAAUUUCACACACAAUCGUGGUAUAGGUAAUAAUUCACGUUUUUUAAUGUAAUAAAUUCAACUUUUCCAAAACGGUUGAGUAGAUGUAUAAACAAAAAUUUUGAACAUAUUUUUUGGAUGAUAGAAUAUCUUUUUAUUUCUAUUUUAUCUCAUUUUAAAUAAGCUGAAUUAUCAAUACUGAGAAAAUAUUUUAAUGUAAAUUCUUGAGUUUAUCCUUUUAAAUAAAGUUUCAGAUAAAUUGUUGCGUAAAUUGUUGAAAUAAAUCAAUAAAGUAGUUUCUACUCAGUAUUUUAAGUAAUUCUCAAAAAUAUCGAUAGUAAAAAUUUCAGAAUAAAAAGUUAGAAAGUCAGAAAUAUUACAGGACCAAAUAAAACAACAGUAUUACCAGUAAGGUGAAAUAGUGUAUAACUAUUUCAAAAUCCGCUUGACAUGGAGCAAGACAACGUGCAAUUUCUUGUCAAAAUAUAGCAUAUGAAUAAUGUCUAAUGUGUUAUGUCUCAUCACUUUCUCCGUAUCUUGUCAAGUUAACUCCAAAUCUGCACCUAUUCGGAAAGAUUUGUGAUUGUCAGUCAACAUUGAUGAAAACCAACGAGCGCAUCUGAUUAGUAACGAUAGAAUAUGGGGCAUAUCCGGAAAUUGUAUCGAUAAUUCACUUAUGGCGAAACUUCGAGUUUCCCUAAUCAUUUGGUCAACUUGCUAAAUAAUGUCGUCUGUUGUGAUAGACUUGCGUCCUUGAACCCCUUCAUCAUGAACAUCAUUUCGGUCAUCUUUAAAUUUUCGACAUCACUCAUAUUGGUGACUCCAUACACUCGACUCAUUCUUCAAUGGAUUUCCACUGCACCCCUUUCCUUCACAACUCGCAAUUCACACUUGGUGGGAGGAUCAAUACCAACAGUCAUGUUUAUAUGGCAGCGACUAAACGGGAUAUAACGUGUUGGAAUCCCGUUUGAGGGGGAAGAUGAGCAGUAGGGUGAUACAUUUCCUAAAAAAUUUUUUUCCGGUGCUCAAGCAAAAUAUUAAUCUACAUAUAGAAAAAAAAUUUUCGCAAAGUUUAAGCUCUUAAUAUCAAUUUUAAGUACUGUAAGAGUCGUUAAAGUACACAAACCAAAACUUGAUUUAGGUAUAAAUCCGAAAAUUCGUCUGUAAAUAACAAGAAUACAAAAUUACUGGUGCAUUGAUAGCCAAAACAACAAUGGCUUUAAUCGUUCACUAUAUAGUGACGUCACUCGCAGCUGAUUGGUUUUUUUGACAUGACAAACUAUUUAAAUUAACGAAUUUCGUUAUUAAAAUUAUCGCUUUUAACAAAUAAUGUGAAAAAAAUGUAAGUUUUAGGAUUUUUUGAGAUUUCUUAGAUGAGUAAAAAUAAAAAUAAAUUUAUUUCUGAUUACUGUCAAAUACCUUCUCGAAAUCCGAUAUCUUACAUUUAUUGAUCAGCUGAAUUCCACCUGCGCAUGCUUUUUAUCAAGAUAUAUUGCGUCUUGAAUUGCAUGUUGUCUUCUUCCAAGUCGUAAUCAAUAAUAAUGUAUAUUACAUCAAAUGAUAAACGACUUGUUCAAUUACUUUUCAUUUUUUUGUAAUAUUUUUGAAAUUUUUUGUUCUAGUUCUGUUUGAUUUGGUUAUAUUUUCCAAGAAUAUAGUUAACUAGACUUUGAGAGUUUCUUAAAUUAUUUUUUCCCUAUUGUUUAAUGGAAAACCUAGUUUUUUCCAGUACAUCACUUUUGAAAAUACUCGUGUGCUCAUACUAGUCAAUACAUUAUUUUUAUUUUAGCUUGUCUAGCAUUGGUAAUUUAGUUAAUCUAUUAGGCUAGUAGUGCAAUGAAAACGUAUCAAGAUUUUGUUACAUAGUAGAUUUAACAUACGUCAUACUUUCAAAUAAAAUUAAUCACAACGUUGUGAAGUCAAAACUAACUGGCAAUAGUUGGUUUGUACAUUUUCCAUUGUGCGUUCUAAAACAAAUACAAAUACAAAGUUUGAUAGAAGCUUACAGUGUGAAUCAAUAUAUACUCAUUGUAAAAUAAAAAUAUAAAUUGGGCGAUUUUUAUACAUCUGAUUGCAAAAAACUUUCCUACGACUAGACUAAAAGAUUUGAAAACAGUUGUCUGAAGAUUUCAACAUGAAUAUUUAUGGAUAGAAGAACAGUACGGCAACCAAAAGAACAUAUCUUUUCACUUAUGUAAGUGUUUAAUUCCACUGUCUGUAGAAAAUGUGUUUACUCAUAUAUACUGUUAGUAACGUCAGAGUAAUGAUUAAUGUCAAAUGGUUGUGUUAAUCAUUUUUUCUUAAAGAUGCAUUUAGUUUCUGGGGUAGUAAGUAUUUUGAAUGUUAAAGUUUACAAUUGUUUUUAUUGUGAUGUCUGCAGUACUGUACUAAAAACUAUCCUUUUUAAAUAUAUAUUUUAUUUAUGGCUCAAGUUGAAACUCUGUAUUGACUAUUAUUCAUACUCACAAGUUAUAUUAUCAAUAUUAUCAAUUUUUGGUUGGCUUAAAUUUUUCGAAGGAAAUAGUCAUUGAAAUGAAGAAUUGUGUUUCUAUUUCCUUAAUAUAAAUCUCAUAUAUAAUGAUUAGUUUAUGUUUGAAGCUUUGUCUUGUAGAUAUUCGCUAUUUUAGAAUAUUUUAUAAUUAUUUUUUUUGUUUACUUUUAUUUUACAAUUCAACUUAUUUAGCAAUUGAAUGUGUUCUGUUUUAUUUACUUAAUUUAUACCAAAAAUAUUUCCCAUACUUCAAGCUACCAUUACAAUUGUCCAUUUAUAAUGUCGCUCAUUAGACGAAAAUAGCUUAAAUGAUUUAAAAUGGCGCAGUACAUUUCAAAAAAGCCAAGAUUUCACUGAUUGUAACCAGUGGCGGAUUUACUUCACUUUACUUUCACAAUUAUUUAAAUUACACUUUUCAUCAAUAAAAUUUUCACGGCAAACAAUUGAUAGAGAACAUUAUUUUAAGCGAAGAAACUAUUCAACAUUCAUAUAAUAUAAAUAAAGUUUAUAUAACCAGUGAGUAACUUUGAUACAUAUUUGUUAUCACAAUCAAAGUUUAACAACAAUAAAAUGAAUAUUUUAUUAUCUGUUGUGAUGUUUUUAACUUAAACUGUAAUACAUUUUUGAGGUCCUUAUUCAUUAGAUCUGACUCUAUGGAUAAAAUUUAGCUUGAAAUAAAGUAAAUAGUUCUUCACUCUUUUAAAGUAAGAAAAGCUUCUCUCAACUAACCAAUUUGUCGCUACUGUACAGAGCAAUACGAAAGUACUACAUCAAAGUUAGAUGCUCUCGCCGAAGCAAAGACAAACUUUCUAAUUAAAUUGAUUCGUUAUUUUGUGCGCAGAAAUAAAGAAAUUUCGGAAAUCGAAUUUGAUGAUUUGCUCAUCAGACCAUUGCUAUAAAGUGGUGAUUGAAUUGUGGAAGUAUUUAGUGACAUGGAGGAAAAACGCACUGCUUACACUGCCACUACACCAACACUCACAAUUAUGCUGUCUGACACGCAUUGAGUUUACCUUCAGUUCCGUAAGACGAUAACUUGGUUAUCGAAACGCGCGUCAGACAGUGUAAAGGUCGAUUCAAAAACUUGACUUUCCGUUUGCCAUUCGCGGGUGACGUUUACCGUAUAACGUUUGUUGCAAAUUCUACACCCUAUUCAUAAUCUUGAUGUUGCUGCCGUUAACCUAAAAAUUCUGUUAUUCUUUUUGAUGUGCUUGCUGCUUUUUGUUUUCGUGAUAUUUUUGUGUUUUUGUUUGUAAUCCAGUAUUUUUGGACGAUAUUACGGAAAAUAAUGAAGAGAAAACAAGCACAUCCAAAAUACCACUAUAAACAAACAAACAGAAAGAGAAAUAACCUCAACAUCACGCUCUAACGUCAUACGUCAAAAUCACGUGACAAACGCAAACGGAUGUGAUUGGUUCUUUUCUGUUGCUAUGAAAGUUGUCACGAACGGCUGACGGCGACCUCAAACGGCAACUAUGAAUGAUUUUAUGCAUUUCAAUGUUUUUAAUUUUGUAACAGCAAACGGCAACGGUAAACAGAAAGUCAAGUUUAUGAAUUUGCCUUAGUUGUUGUCUCAGUCAAGUUGUAGUUUAAAUAUGAAUAUCACCAUCGGCUCCAGAAAUUCUAACUUAAUAGACUAAAUAAGUUGAAAACUAAUACUGCAUGUAAUACUUUAUCUCGUUUUUUUCAUAUACCUUUCAUUUCCGUAAAACGUAAAAAAUUCGUCUACCUCGUGUGGAAAAAAUUUUACUGAAAAUAAGUAAACGUAAUAUUGAACACCAAUAAUGGAUAUAAUAACUGCUUUCCAUUUACAUUCAAGUGAAAUGAUCCAACCGUCUGUUAGAGCAAAAAACCCAAUUAGGUCUCACUUGUGAGACUGAAAAGGAACGUACAUUGAACCGAGCUAUGACGUCAAAAGUAAGAAUAAUCUGAGGUUGGUGUAAAGGGAAAGAACCUUUUGUCACGUAGAAGACCGUUUUUUCCCAGAAAUCAAAAUAUUUUCAACUAGUUAACAUUAGUUAUGUGAUAUACUCAUAUGUAUAACCACUUCUAUUUUUUGGUAAAUUUUCUUCUGAAUUUGUAAAAAAGAUAUUUAGAAGAUGAAGCUUCAUUUUAAAUAAUUUUUGGUAUGUAUAUGUAUAUAUUUUGGAAAAUGUGAACAUAAUAUUUUUACUCUUAUUUUAUGCACUUGAUACUUUACAUAUAUCUCAAAAAAAACUUAUCAGUAUGCUAAUUGGACAAUAAUGAGAAAGACAGAAUAAUUAAAAUAUGUUAAAAUUUAGAAAAGGAUAGUUUGCUAGAAAGUACUACAAUAUCUAUAAAAUACUCUUGCAUCUUCAGUGUUGACUUAUGAAAUAAAGAUUACACUUAUUGUUAGAGUUAGUGUAUCCUGAAAUAUAAUAUGAGAUAAAAUAUAAAUUUGACAAGUAGCAAAACGUGUAUAUUGCAAAUUCUGUAAAUAAUAAUUAGGAUUUAUUAUUUUAAUUUUUUUAUAAUUUUAUACAUUAUUUGUACGAUACAGGGUGUUCGUAUUUAACAGAAACAAAAAAGGCAGCUCUAAUUAUUAUAUGUAGAGAAAUGAAACGAUGAAUCUCAUUUUCCUAGGUACUUUAUUAUAUAAAACCCUGUACGAUGCUUUUAUUUAUAGAACAAAAAUGACUGAAAUUCGUCUAAUUCAUUGUUAUUAACCAAGUGAAGCGGGCUAAAAACUAAUAUUUUAAACUAGAUUUAUUAACCGUCCUUACAUUUUAGGAGGGUAUUUUCGAGAACGAUGUUCAAUACAUCAUUUAGUCUUUUUACAAAUGUGAAAAAUCUUGCUGUGAAAAAAUUUAUCUGAAAAUUAUCUCCUUGAAAUUCAUCUUAAAAUAUAGAAAAAAAAAUUCAGUUUUGAUACGAUUCUCUUAUAAUUUGAUUAAUAUAAAAAAAAGCAUUUAAUGAAAAAGUUUAUCAACUUUUUGUUGGUAACAAGAGAAGCGCACUUUAAUGAUCACACAAUAGUAAACUAACCUGGUAUACUUUGGGAAAGUAAGGCCAAAUAAUCAACAUAACAUCAACUUUUUCAUUUGUUUUAGACGUCCCAUCUUUUUAUAAUCUAUAACGAAAGCUAACAUCAAUUUUUAAACAGAAAAUCUUGGAAGAAAAUCGUUUAGGCGUUAUAAAAAUAUAUCAAAAACAUAUUGUUCAUGUUGUCUAUUAAACUACAAUUCUUAGUCUUUCGAUUGCAGCAAACUACAUUUUAAAAUUUUAAUGUUUACAAAAAGAACAGCAAUUAGAAACAAAAAUAUAGUCAGUUUACCCCGCUGCUAUUUUGAAUAUUGAAAAUUGAAGUUUUCAAUCUUUUUUCGAUACAUUUUCUUCAUAUUUCCGUAGGUUAUUAAUUCUAUUUCAAUAUUUUGAUUAAACUUGUCUCAAAAACAAGUUUUUAAAUUGGUUAAAAAUUUCGUAAAACUAAAGGUUGAAAAAAAAUUUUUUUAUAGUGCUGUAAGAUUUCUUACAAUUUUGUUAACUAUAAUUAUUUUUGCAAAAACGAAAGAAUUAUCAGAGUAAAAGACUCAAUUUUUGAAUGCGCUUCAGUGGAAAAUGAUCUUGGGUCGACAUGUUUUCGAUUAGUGGGAUUAAAUUCCUUAGGGUAAAAUUGCUGAUAAUUUCCUAACUUUCCCGGUCUAGUAAGCUACAA